GAUUUGCUAGUCAUGCAUUAGUAUGCUCUGGAACCACUGAUUAAACCUAUUUUAAGCCUCAAAAAUUAGCAGCAAGUCCCUGUGGAAUACUCAGCAGGUUACACCGUAGAUCAAUAAAUCGGUAACCAAGGAACAAUUCCACUUAUCGAAGAAUUACUAAGGUCCCACCGCGUAUAUAGAUUCUCCGGCCGCCCGCUCCUGCUGCUUAACGGAAGUUUACGUUGCUAUGUCAGAUGGCGCGUAACUUGUCCGUUCAUGUCGUCAACCUCCAGUUUGUUUUCUUUGACUUCUUUAUAUCGCUUGUGUGUCAGUAAUAUGGCUGAGUGACACAAAACAGCAUCUGUCCUUUAUUAUUAAAAAAAAUUGGUUGAAGAUCUGCCAAUGUCAGGGACAUCACUCAGCUGUCAUGUUCCCGUCAGUACAGCCCUUCCACCCCAAGUUGAGGGCCAUCUCCGAUGUUUCCUUUGUUUGUGCAUACCCAGGAUUGAAUGGUUGGUGCCAGAUCACCCUGCCAGGACCCUCGUCCACCUCACCUGGUGGGGUGAGAUUGGUUCUGGCACAAAUUUCAGGCCCUUAGAUGUAUCUAAUCCCAUCAAGACCAGACUGAAAACCACAGCGAGGUACCCAAUACGGUCAGGACCAAAGCAGUUUGCAUCAUAUCUAAAUGAUAUGAAUCUUUUACUGCUGGACAUUGUGGAUGAAGAUAAUUCGGAAGUGGUCGGCUAUACCGAGGUGACCAACAUCACCUCGCUUACAGUGUCAAACACUCUUGAGAAUGUUUAUCCUGUUUUAUCAUUGAAGGAUGUUAAAAUAGCUGAACUCCAUGUUUCUAUUGAACUGCAGCCACUGAUGGAAUCUUACGACAGCACUGGGUUUGUACCAACACCAGACAUUGUCGAUCCUCAACCUGCAGGACCUGUGGCACUGACCAAUAUCACAUAUCCACCAUCACACUUGUUAGCAUCAUCCGAACGAGAGAGUUCUUCAGUGUUCAGCAACAACAGGAACUUCCCUCGAACAUCUGAAGUAACAGCUGGCCUUGACCUACAGCCCAGGGGCAUUGAUGCUGCCUCUAGAUCCCAAUACCAAGAAUGCGGUACCACCGUUUCCAUUACCACUGCUGGCGAUGUUGUACACACCCAAAACUUCCCGAUUCUGAAGACAAAGUCCACUUCGUCUCCCCACCUUGCACAACAACCUGGGACAUCAAUCCUGGACGACCAUCAUGCUGCGGACCCUGGUUACACGGACAUAAUUUCCAUCUUGCUGGAGAAAGGGCACAAACUUCGUAAGACGAUGAUCCAUUCAUUAGCUCACGAACCCUCAAGGAACCAGAGACGACAAGUCCUCAACAGCAAAUCAAACCUCUCAAGAAGCAGUUCCUGUGGUAGUCUGUUCCAGGAGAUCCUUGCAGAACAGAACUUCAACAGUGAUCCAGAGAACUCCGAAGAGAGGAUUAUGGACCUGGUGCUUGGACCUGACCACGAUGCCAUUGCAAUGUCCAACUUGUCCCUAUCCAGCCAGUCCAGUUUGGAGAUACACAACAGUGACAUAUCAGAUCCUGUCCACCAAGAGGACAUUCUCCAAGAACUUCUUUACACUGAUGCGUGUGAUCCAGAAUUUCUAUGUGAGAACCAGCAUCCCCCAAACCUUAACCCACACACUGACCCACGACAGGAUAAGGCAAGUAGAACUAUAUUACCCAUCUUCACUUCAGACUGCCCUUUUUUUUUUCAUCUGCUGUUGCAAACCCUGCUGUAG